CUCAAUUUAGGAAGGACUGGCAAAAAACAUCAUUGUACCCAGACUGGAGGAAAGAAUUUUUCCAGGCUGUGAAUAUUAUUCUGGAUCCAGCCACGGCCCAUCCGGCCCUCAUCCUGUCUGAAGGGAACAGACGUGUAACCUUGGGAGAGAAGUCUCAAGAUCUACCUAAGAACCCACAGAGAUUUUAUUCCCUUCCCUGUGUGCUGGGUCAAGUCAUCACUUCAGAGAGGUGUUAUUGGGAGGUAGAUGUCAAAGACGGUGGGGCCUGGGACCUGGGAAUUUGUAGGCAUAAUGUAAUGAGGAGGGGAAGGAUUUCCAUAAAACCAGAGGAUGGUUUCUGGGCCAUCAGGUUUCAUAAGGAUGAGUACUGGGCACUCACCUCUCCAGAAACACAGCUUACUCUAAAAGAGCGCCUUGCCAGGGUGUGCAUUUUCCUAGAAUAUGAGGAUGGACUUAUCUCAUUCUAUAAUAUGACAGAUAAAUCCCAUAUUUACACCUUUUCUCAAGGCUCCUUUGAUGGGUCCCUAAGACCUUUUUUCAGGCUUUGGUCCAGUGAUUCAGGACAUCUGACCAUCUGUCCAGUGCCUGAAGCAGCACAGCCUGAUGAUAACCUUCACCACGUUUCCACACCGGCACUGGAAACAUCAUAUAACCUGCAGAUCAGUGUGGAUUGAAGCAUCUAGUCACGACGUGAAUUCUCUCAUACAAGAAUCUUUUCUUAUGGACGAGUAGUAUUCUACUGUGUAUAUGUACCACAUCUUCUUUAUCCAAUCAUCUAUCAAAGGACACUUUG